AUGUCUUCGACACUCAGGCUCGACUUCAAAACAGCAGUAGCCCAGGAAGAGGCACGUCUCCGGCUCCUUCACCCAACAGUAGACGAUAUUCCGGGAUGCGUCAGUGUAUUUGACGACUAUCUUGCCUGCAAUGUCAUCCGCUCACAGGUCAAGUCUAUCUAUCGCUUUGGCGAGAGAACCAAAUGCGACCGCAAAUUCCAGGACUUCAAGUUCUGCAUAUCCACCAAGAUAAUGCAUCCGGAGGAGCGACGUGAGGCUUGGAUACGUCGACGGGCAGAGUGGUGGGCCCACCGGCGACUGAAUAAAAGCAGCGAAGAUGUUUGGAAUAUUCGAAGUGAACCUCUGGAGUUUCCAAAACUCAUUACUCCAGAACUAAUGCGUGAGGCUGAGGUGAGGACAUGA